AUGGGUAAACAUACCCCAGAUGACUUAAAGCUCGGCCUCUCCCUCACCGAUACUCUUGAUACCCUCGAACAAACCUACAAGGAAUCAAAGGUCAUCAUAGUGGGCUGUCUGGUCUCUUGGACUCUCUGUCGCCUCAACUUUGGCUUCGUAUGGUUGGUUCUACUGCUGGCUAUCUGUCGUACCCAAUACCAGGUAUCCACCCGGCGAGUUGAGCGUACCAUUAGGGACGAACUUCGUCGGUACCAUGGGAGUAAAAAGCUCCAGCAGGGAGAAAGUGUCGAAUGGAUCAACGUGAUCCUCGGACGCGUAUGGCAUCUUUACGAGCGACGCAUCUGUGAUCAAAUCGUACGAUAUGUCAACGCCGGCCUCGCUCGACCGGGCAGCGAGGCCCCAGCCCAGAAGGUGACUGUUCAAUCGCUGGCCUCUAUGGAUCAGCCCCUGCGGUUCACCAAAUUUGCCACCCACCCGAAGCCAGAGUCACCCAACUUGAUCCUCGAGUGCCAGUUUCGAGUGGACCUGGCGCCUCCUUGGAUCUGGGACCCCCGCCACCAUCUCGCAGAGCGAUCCCACGCGGAACCGCUCAUCGACAUGACCAUCAUCCACGAUCGGCAGGAUAGUCGGCAUCAUGAUCUCUCGGUGCAAGUGAAACAGUUUACGGGGAUGGGAACGCUGCGACUAGAGAUCGACUUUGAAAGCGCCGAGCCCCGAAUCCACCCGCCGCAAAUCGAACUUCAGGAUCAGCCGCAGAUCGAGUGUACAAUGCGUGCGGUCAGUCAGCACCAUUUCCCCUUCCAUUUCGCCCACCACGUCGACUGGCGCAAGGUGGUGGGCAUGCAGAUCCGUGAGGGGCUGGGAUGGGCCUGGCAUCGGCCUCUACCCCUACCCUUCGUCCACCUAUUGGGGCAGCGUCUGUUGAUUCGAAUGAUGACGUGGUGGUGGCAUUUUCGUUGA